AAUAUGAUAUGAUAUGAACUUUAUAAAACUAAAAAUAUCUGUAAAAUAUAUAAUAAUAAAGAAAUAUUGGAAUUUAUGAAUUACUCCAUAAUAUUUUGAUUGUCAUGGAUUAUCUAUCUCACAUCAUCACGCUUAUAUAAAAUUAUUAUUUAAAAAAAAAAAGCCGAAUCGGAUUAUCUAGAGGGGCAAACAAACCAGGUCUAUGUCACAAAGGUUAGACACGUGCCAGAUCACACGGGCACGGCGGAGUCCACGGAGGAUACCCCCUUGCUCGCCCCUCCCUCGGUCUCACCUCCAGCUACAUGCCUCCCUCCUCAUCCUCGUCCAUGUCUCCAAUUCGUUCGUUGCUUUAGCUCUUAGAGAGUAGGAGAUGGGAAACUCCCCCGGUAAGGACGGGAGAGACCUCAGCGAAGCUGAUGCCAAUUACAACCCUUUGGCGAGAUCGGAUCACGUUGUCAGCAUCCAGUCUGCAGAUCCGAUGGCUCCCCCUAUGCCGGAGAUUCCUCCGCUUCAUCGAGCUCCUCUCAUGUUUGCUCCCCAGGCUCCUUUAGCUCCAUUGCAGAAUUCUGCGGAGGUUCCCCAAGUUAUUAAUCAGUUAUGGAUGAAUAAUCCCAGUGGACCUCUUGAUAUCUCUAUUGCAAAGGGAAUUCCCACUGUGAUUUCAUGGAACCAGGGAGGAAGCAAUGUCGCAAUCGAAGGUUCUUGGGACAACUGGGCUUCAAGGAAGACACUGCAAAGAUCUGGCAAGGAUCACGCAAUCAUGUUAGUCCUUCCAUCUGGGGUUUACCACUACAAGUUCAUUGUAGACGGAAAAUGGAGAUACAUCUCUGAUCUUCCUUGUAUAGCUGAUGAAUUGGGGCACAUAACAAACAUCAUUGAUGUCCAUGAUUUUGUUCCUGAAAAUGUAGAGAGUGUCUCCAAAUUCGAUCCUCCACCUUCGCCAGACUCGAGCUAUAGCCAAGUGAAUCCUUUUGAUGAAGACUUCUCAAAGGAGCCACCUAACACGCCUCCCCAACUUGGAAUGAUAAACCAUGAAGAAGUGUGUUUAAAGCCUCAGCAUCAUGUUCUCAACCAUCUUUUCCUUGAGAGAGGCAGGGCUGCUCACUCCCUGUUUGCUCUUAGCCUCACCCACAGGUUUCAGGCCAAAUUUGUGACUGUAGUUCUCUACACACCGGUGAGAAAGUAAAGAGAAGAGCUCCCCUCACUCCAUUUUGUACAAAAUAAAUAAUAUCAUUCUUGGUCUCGCUGAGUUCCACUCAUAAAACCAGUUCUCUACCCAAGUGGUAGCACGAAUUCCUCAGCAAAAUUGUAGAAUUUCCAUUUUGUUCUCCGGAAGCAUUGCUAUUGGUGGUGCUGCAGUUACUCCAUACCAACUUACAAAUUUGUUAAUUUCAGAGAGUAGAAACAGAGUGGCCGGAGCGUAUGUAUCAGUAUUAUGUCAGUGUAUUUUUGUUGCCAGAACAACAUCAAGGGUAAUGCAUUUCUUUUCUUUCA